GAGAGAGAGAGAGAGAGAGAGAGAGAAAAAGGGGAGUAUCCACACUCGCUCCUCUUCCGCCUUGUGGAAGCUCCUCUCCCUGAAUGACGAUGGUACGAUUUCCCGGUGCUUCCGCAAGAACGGACACCUGCUGAUACUCAGCAGCACAGCCUGCCUCAGCUGCUGCCUGAGAACAACAGCAUGUUGCCCACACAACCGCUGCUCCCACCUUCUCUGCUGCCUCUACGCCCUGUCCCAGCUGCUUCCAAGUCGGCUGGCUUUCAUUCCAAAGUGUGCAGGUGAGUGGGCUUAGGGUCCCUCUCUGGGAUUGCACUCUGAAGUGGACUAAAAAAGAAGGCGUCUGGAACAACUUUUCCUCUUUUUCCAUUCAUUUCUGUUAGUGUUUUUAUAUUUAUAGGUGUGUUCGUAUGCGCUCUGUAUGUCAGCGGGCAGGAUGCCUUGAAAGCCGUUCCCGAAAGAACUCCGUUGUGUGUGUCGCUGUGUUUAUGAGACCUUAAAAAGGUUACUCCCCGAUUCCUGAAGAGCAUUGUCUCUCCGCUGCACGUACAACCUGAUGCGAUAAUGGAAGAUGCACUUUAUUAUACCCGCCUCCUGCUGCUGCUGUGGCUGCUGCUCUGUAACACCCUGAGUUAGAGUCCCAGUGACGUUUGUAGAUCUUUUUCCGAGAGAGAGGAUGUCGGAGGGAGCGGAAGACUCCUCUGCAGGGCUAGUUGCCCCUCCUGGUUCGACGUCCCCCACCAUCUCGGGCGCAGCCCCUGGGGAAGAAGCGGUGGUGGAUGCGGCAGGUGGCAAUGACAGCAUGGAGAGGGGUGCCCCCCUGGGGCUGGCGGGCCUGGCAGGUACCUGCUGCAUCUGUAUGCAAGUGGACCAGGUGCGUGGCUGCCUGCGCUCGGAGAAGAUCUGCAUACUGCCCAUUCUUGCCUGCUUGCUUAGCUUGGCUCUCUGCACGGCCGGCCUCAAGUGGGUUUUCGUGGACAAGAUCUUUGAGUACGAGCCACCCACGCACCUGGACCCGAAACGAAUAGGACAGGAUCCUGUUCUUGUGGCAGACCCCACUUUGGGGCUCCCAAAGCUAUUCUCAGACUCGACUCUCUUCACGCCCACCGCGGGACAUGGUGAAACCUUUCCUAAAAAUGAACCCACAGAGGGACCCUUCGGGCCCCUGUCCCCUCAAGUGACUCACUACAAUCCUACUGCAGCGCUAACGCUCCGCACCAACGCACCUGCCUGGCCAGGACCACCCACAACCACCAGAUCCAUAAGAAAGGCGACACCAACUUCAUAUCCUGAGCCCACUCUGGAAUCUAAUGACAUUUAUAUUCCCAAGUUCUCUGCCACCAGCACCACAGCCCCUGUGAAAACCUCAAGCCAUGAGAAACAGUGCCCUGAGAAAGAGAAGAACUACUGUGUGAACGGGGGAACAUGCUUCACCAUAGAAGUUGCUCCUGGCAACGACAGGCUCCUCUGCAGGUGCUUACCAGGAUACAAUGGAAAUCGAUGUCAAGACAUUGUGCCCAUGAAAGUCAUGAACCGAAAACAAGCUGAGGAGCUGUAUCAGAAACGCGUGUUAACCAUUACAGGAAUCUGCAUUGCGCUUCUAGUAGUGGGCAUUAUGUGUGUUGUUGCCUACUGCAAGACAAAAAAGCAAAGGAAGAAGCUCCAUGACCGUUUAAGGCAGAGUUUGCGAAAUGAGCGCAAUGCUAUGGCUGCCAUGGCCAACGGACCUCAAAUCUCCAGCCCACCCACUGAAAGCCUUCAACUCGUCAGCCAAUACAUGUCCAAAAAUGCCAUCCUUGCAGAACACACAAUUGAGAAGGAAACUGAAACUUCAUUCUCCACAACUCUGUGCACUUCAUCCACACAAAGCUCUACCGCUGCAACUCAGACAUCCACCAAGAGUUGGAGCAAUGGACGCACUGAGAUCAUCGUCUCUAACAGCCACUCGGUCCUGGUCACGUCCUCAGAGAGCAGUAAACACGUCACUCCAUCGAGCCGCCGUGGCCGGCUGAACGCCACGGGCUGCGUGCGGGAGCUCGGUGCGCAGCAGAAGAAUGCUAGAGACACUCCAGACUCCUACAAAGACUCUCCAUACAGCGAGAGGUACGUUUCAGCCAUGACGACACCGAAUCGUAUGUCUCCAGUGGAGCUGCUGUCCCCAGAGUCCCCGAAGUCUCCACCCUCUGAGAUUUCCCCACCCCUUUCGAGUCUAGCCAUGUCAGUCCCCUCAAUAGCUGUCAGCCCCCAGGGGGAGGAGGAGCGUCCCCUGCUGUUCACCACGCCCCCUCGGUUGCGUGACAAACAGCGCCAAGACCAGAACCCCACCUACCAGCGUAACUCCGCCCACUACAACCACGCCCAUGAGGCUCAGAGCCCCCCUCCGAGCCCCCAGAGAAUCGUGGAGGAUGACGAUUAUGAGACAACGCAGGAGUAUGAGGCGGCUCCCCCUCAGUCUUCAAAAAAACUUGCCAACAGUGGCAGCAAAGCCAAAAGAACAAAGGUCAACGGGCACAGCGCUCACAAGCUGGAGUCAAACAGCGAGAGCAGCUCGGAGAGCAGCAGCAGCUCGGAAAGCGAAACCGAAGAUGAGCGGGUCGGCGAGGACACGCCCUUCCUCAGCAUACAGAACCCGCUGGCUGCCAACCUCGAGUCGGUCGCCGCCGCCGCCGUUACCGUUUCCGCGGCCCCCGCCUCCGCCUGCAGGCCCGCCGAGAGCAGCAGGACUAACCCGGCGCUCAGGCUGUCCGCAAAGGAGGAUCUGCAGGCCAGGUUAUCGAGUGUCAUAGCAAAUCAAGAUCCGAUUGCUGUAUAAAGAAACGUACCUGCUCAAAAUACUUAGGUCCAAAAACAGGUCACCAUGAAACCUUUAUUUUAUAUAAAUUAAGUAUUUGAGGGAAAUAAUUUAAAAAAUAAAGUUUUAUUUUAGCGAAGUAGUGAAUAAAGUCUUUUAUAAAUUAAAACGUGUGUAAAUGUGUUCGUGUCAUGGAAGAAAGUGCCAUACACUAGUAUGUAGCAAAGGUCACAGUAUUUCAACAGAAAACAUAUCAAUGGUGCCUUUAUUUUCAGUUCUGUGAAAGUUAGGAAACUGCAUUAUACGGGCCAUAUAUUCAAUAAAGUAAUCGACUCACUUUAACUUUUCAGUGUAAUGAAUUAUUCCAGCCAGCAAAACUGAUUUAAUGUUCACUGCAUAAAGAUUAAGGAUGUAAAUUACAACUUGCAUGAGGUAUAAGUGUGUUAAUGAGUUAACAAAAAAGGAAAAAGAAGAAAAUCUGAUGAAAUUUAAUAUUAGGCUCAAGGUGUUCUUUACUGAUCACGUAAUAGUGUAACACUGUAUGUUUUCAGGUUAAAUACUAUGCAAUUUUGUGAAAUUCAUAAAUGGGUAAAUAUGAAAACCAGAGAGCAAUUCAACGGCUUUCCCUUUAUUCACAUUUUGUGUGCUGCAAGUUCACCGUAACACGAUGGUACACAAACUGCAAAAUAAUACAAGCUAUUUUGCUCUGUUUAUUGAUGACCAUCUUCGCUAUCAGAUUAUGUAUCUUAUAAUCAGAUUUGAGUAAUUCAAUAUACUGCCAUGAAAAAGUACAACAAUAUUGAGAUUUGUAAUUAUAAUUUUUCAUGGGUAAAGGGGUCAGCGUCUGAAUAGUUAACUGGCAUCCCUUUAUUACCAAAAUGUUUUUGAACGUAAGGAUAUUGAUUUAUAAAUAUGAUACGCUGAAUAACUUAUGGUCAAAAGUACAAAACCCUCAAAUUAGAAAAGUGCAAUGCACAAAUUUUUUUUUUUUUUUUUUAAAAACUUACAUGAUUUGAAAAAUGUCAGAGAUUGAAUAUAUGGCUCACUGCUUCAAAGUGUUUUCAUACAUCCAUUAGUCCUUAAGUAAUGCAUUGUGGGGAUUAUAACAACUCAUUAUAGGUAACUCUAUAGAUACACAGCGUGUAGUUUUACCAAUCUAAAUACCAAGAUUUACUGUUGCGCUUUUUAAUAUUAUGUAAAAUGCUACAAUAUCAGAGUGUUACUUUGUGUUUUUAAUUCCUUUGUCCAUUGGAUUUGUUUUGUGUAUGUAAAAUUUUAUUCUGUAAAGUACCAUAAACAUGACUUUAUAACACUAGUCUUAGCUUCAGAAAACAAGUGCAACAAAGUAUACAUCACAUGUUUUAUGGAGCUAUUAUUCAUAUACAGGCCCACUGUUGCUCACUGUACAGAAUACUGCACUUCUCCAAAAAAGAAUAAAAUGACAGAACUAAAGUAUGUAUUUGUCCUUGGUUAUGAACUCUUUUGGGCUUGACUACACUGCCACACAGUUUGUUGCUGUGUGUUUCUAAAAGUGCAGUUUAAACAGCCUGUUAAGUGUAGGUAUGCCAUUCAAGAUCGAACUGUGAUAUGGUUUUAUUAGUUCUGAUAAUUUCUCAUAUAACAAAUUAUUUAGUGCUAGCAGAGGCCCAUCAAAGAUGCAACAAGUUUAUAUUUAUUAUAUUUAUUUAUUUAUGUAUUUAUUUAUUACUUGGGCCUUAUAUCUCAGCAAAUACUUAGUCCAUAUUUUUAUUCAGUAUUGUUGUAAGAUCUCAGCCUUUAUUUUUUAUAAGAUUGCUUUGUGUUUUGCAGUUUCUUAUGCUUUUUUUUUUAAAAAACCUUAUGGGGUCAAAACUGUUACCCACUGACCAAUUUAAUGUGUUGUUAAACAUAAUUAAGAUGCACUUUUUAUUUUGGCUGUUCCUACCCAAGUGAUCAGCUGUAUUUCUACAAAAAUGUGAGAAAUUCUUGCAUGUCAAUCUCAGUUAAGAUGGUGACUUUUUUUUUUUUUUUAUAUGUACACCUGUUAUAUGCCUAUGACCGAAGCAACACACCCCAUGAUGCAUUGCUUUCAACCCACAAUGUCCAUUUAUGUAUAUACACCCUGAAAUCAUUGACUCCUUUGGAUUUGAAUUGAAAUAUUAAAUCCAGUGUCCUGUGUUUAUCAGUUCCCUACCACCUCAUAGCCUUUGUGUCUCUCUCUCUCUCUCCUGUCAAUGCGGUCAUUCAUGACACUUAUAAAAACAGUUUAAUUUUUGCCUUUGGGUUCCAGUUAUCUUCCAGACAUUUCUGAUCUACUUUUACGUUAAUCUUCUGCAGAAUGGUAAACUCAGAAAUGCUGGGGCAAAAGGCAUUGCAUACAUGCAUGAACACAUACGCCUAAGUGCAUGCAUGCAUUGCAUAAGCGGAAUGUGUGCAUGACAAAGAUGAUGAGAAUGAGCCAUCGGUAUGGUGAAACCUAUGUAAAAACAGGGCUUUUAGUCAAGAUCGCAUUCUGGAUUCUCAUUAAAGAACUGCUAAUUCCAGCUUCGGUUGUGUGGAAUAUACUGUACAGUAUUACGAUACCUCACCUCAUGUCAAACAUUUCUCUGAAACGUCUCUAGCAACAUCUCAUCAAGUAGUCAGCAUACCACAAUGUACGUUAUGAUUGCAACAUCACUUUCACUUGCCGUUUACUCAAUAAAUCUUUU